UAUUCUUAACUCAUUCUGUAAAAGAGUGGAACAAUUAUAAUUCUCUAAAAGAGACCCAAAAGCUACAGACUUACCAAGUAGUCGUGACAAAAAUGACUCUUGUGUUGACUAACACAGGGUCAUCUAUCAACUGGAAAAGACAUAGCUGUCAAGCGACUUUCGAGGGACUCCAAACAAGGUCUUAAGGAAUUCAAAAACGAGGUUAUUUUGAUCGCCAAACUUCAACACCGUAAUCUAGUUAGGCUAUUGGGAUAUUGCAUCCUCGGAGAAGAACGAAUGCUAGUUUAUGAGUACAUGCCUAAUGGAAGCUUGGAUUCCAUCAUUUUUGAUAUAACACAAAGCAAAUUGCUCACAUGGAGUAGGCGCCUGGAUAUUAUUAUUGGGAUUGCUAGGGGGAUUCUUUAUCUUCAUCAAGAUUCGAGAUUGAAAGUCAUCCACAGGGAUCUUAAAGCUAGCAAUGUGCUACUUGACAAUGAGAUGAAUCCCAAAAUUUCAGAUUUUGGGUUGGCUAGGGCUUUUGGAGGCGAUCAGUCAUCCGAAAAAACAAAAAGGGUGAUCGGAACUUAUGGUUACAUGGCUCCCGAAUAUACAAUCGAUGGCUUAUUUUCAACAAAGUCAGAUAUUUUUAGCUUUGGAGUCAUAGUUUUGGAGAUAAUGAGUGGCAAAAUGAAUAGAAAAUUCUGUCAUGCAGACCAUGAUCUAAAUCUUCUUGGACAUGCAUGGGGACUUUGGAUGGAUGGAAAGGCUUCUAAGUUAAUAGAUCCAGUGAUGGAGGGUUCAUUUCCAAUGUCUAAGGUGUUGAGAUGUAUACAGAUUGGUCUUCUAUGCGUGCAGAAAUGCCCUGAAGAUAGACCAACUAUGUCAUCUGUGGUCUUAAUGUUGGUUUCAGAUACUCUAACUUUGUCCCAGCCCAAAGCACCCGGCUUUUACAUUGAGAGGAGCUCCAAACAGACGUAUGAACAUACUCCAGCUCAAAGUUCUCCCAGCAUCAAUGAAGUGACAAUGACUCAGCUAGAGGCUCGCUAAAAUAUUAUUUGCAAGCAGAAUUGCUCCCGAUGAGGAUUUCAAAAGAAAUUUUGUUGAGAAUACCAUCUCUCACGUAUAUUCGAAGGUUGGCGAGCGCCUUUCUAUAAACAGAAGAAAAAAACUGCAUUCCGUGGUGGAUCAAGACGCAAAUAUGUGUUAAGCAUUGAUAUAAAUGAGCUCGGUUGCGUUCAACCCGUAUUAUUUAGACCUUCCUUAGCUCGGUUUCGCAAA